AUGGGAAAGAGCAGAAUGCUUCCCCCUGCACCUCAAGAAAGCCCCAGAGAUUCUCACUUUGAAGAUGGAGAGAAUCGUAAUUCAACUGGAUCAUCAGAUGGGGAUCAAAAGGAGAGGAAGGCAGCCGGACAAACUCAGGUAUUUCAGAAAGAGGCUCAUAUGACACCACAAAAAAAGAGAUAUGUGACUGAGCUAGCCCCUGAAGCUGUAAACAUGGAUAAACUGGGGAGUCAAGGAAUGGACAACAACACAGUUUCACAGCGAAAAGACAAAAUUGUUGAUAAGCAGGAUGGGUCAGAAAAAAAGCCAGGCAGAAAACAAAAAAGAAAUACCAGAGGUAUUAAGGGGCUGAAAAAGAAAGACAAGGACAAACCACCUACAGAACAGAAAGUGGACUUCCCAGAACCUUUGGUAAAAGCUCACCAAGCUGCUUAUGCCUUUUUAAAUCCUAGCAUAAACAAAUAUGAUUUUUUACUAGGACUUUUGGAAGAAGCAACCCAAACACAGGUUUCUGUGCAGACAAUGGUUGCUUUUAUGGCUCUACGCUACGAGGGGAUAAUUCAGGGUCUGGAGGAGAUGGCAGACGAAGGAGAAAAAGUUUUAAAAGACAAUGGAGAACAUCUUGCUUGGCCAAGUCAAAUGAAAAACCUCUCAUCUUCUACACCUUUGAAGUCUGACUCUGCUAAUAUUGAGCCCCCACCGGAUUUGUUGCAGCAGCUGCUUCAGUACACCACACAGAGAAUGCAAAAUGUGAGCCAGACGGUUGGCGGAAUUGGGGAGGCUGCUUUGGAGGAGGCAGUGGAGUACUUUACUUCUGUCUCAGAGCUUUUAGAGGAAAAACUGAAAGUUAAACGUGCAGUAGAGACUAGGCUAAUGCGACUCUUAUCUCGCAUUGAAAUGGCUUCACUGCGUAAGCCUGGGCCAGAGGAUUCUGCUCUCUUCAGUGAGGACAGUGGUAUUGGGGCUGAGAGUGAAUCCCUUGCUGGAUCUGAAAGACGCCAUAGGCGAGAGAGUUGUGCGUCCACUGGGACAAAUAUAACUCCUGCCAGUCCUAUGGGAUACACCUCUAUGAACAUAAGGCAAGGAGUAUCAAGGCAAAAGCUUGCAAGUCAAAUAAGUCCAAGUCUUUCCCUCACCUCACUCAACUCAUUAGGUUCAACAUGUACCAUAAUGGCUAAUUACCAAAAAGACUCAUUGCUAGGAUCAUUCUCCUUAGAUUAUGGGGAGGAAGACGAGAAUGACGAUGAUGAGGAAAUGGAUAGAGGCAUGGGAGAUGUAGGGUUUAGAAAGAGAACAAAUUCUUCACCUGUAGACCGUGAACAACAAAACCCACGGCGAAUACCCCCAAAGCGCAUAGAGAAUCCUCAAAAUGUCGAAAUGACUCUGAAAAUGAAAAAUGCUAUAAGUGGUAGGAUACAGUUUGUCCCAUCUCAGAAUGUUGGCGCCAAAACAAAGGUAGUUGGCAGCCCAAAAACUAGUAGACACCAGUGGACGGACGAGGAACGGUCUCCAAGGAGGCCUCAAACAACAGCACCUAUUCGGAAGGCUGUGGUAAAAAAGACCCUAGUCUCUAGAGAGCGACGUUCCCAAUCAGCAGAAUCCAUGGGGUGCAAAGGUGAAGAUCCUACUCUGCUUGAACUGGAAAGGACUCAGAAGGAUUUAAACCAGAGGUUGCAGAGGAUGAACAAAACCAUUCCCAACUACUUGAUGAUAAAGCAGGCCUUACAAGGCGCAACAGUAAAAAACUGGAAGGUAGAUAGUGAUGUGGAAGACCAUAAACUGAAGGACAAGAAAACAUUCAAGGCUCCUAUAAAAGCCACCCCACCCCCUAGCCCUCCUUCAUCACCGCGACCAUCUUCAGGCCUUUACAGAGGUAGGAACUCAGUCAAAAGAUUGAUUGAUACCUUCAGUCAAGGAAUAGAGGAUUUAGAAGACGCUAAAGUUCUGGGGCCUCUCAAAGGAGUACGGAAGUGUGGCGUUCCUAUUUUACCUGGUUUAGGGAAUGUAGAGGCCGUGCUGAGCACUGGAAUAACCAGCUGUAGAUCUGAAUCCACUUCAUCUGAGAAAACCAAUUAUUUGGAUCUAGAUAGUCUUCCUCCGCCGCCAUUGGAAGUAUUAAUGGACAAUUCCUUCGAACAUGCCCAGAGUCUUUCAAGUGGUUUAGCAGAUGAAGGUGCUACAAAAGUCGGAAAAUCACCUGUAUUAAAAAGGGCUGCAGUAUCGCAACGACUGAGGGCCUCAGUUCAGUCAGUGACAGUGCUGCCAAGUAAAGGAGGCCUGCCACAAGCUUCCAAGGUUAUUUCCCUUACUAGAGCCGAACAACAGGAAGCAUCUGCUCCGUUGAAGGUCAGUCAAAGUCAGUCAAGGUCACAUGUCCAACUGGAGGCAGACCCAGGAAAGGAAAAGGAUUACUUGUACCGGCAAGACAGAAAUAUCAUACACCCAAGACACUCGUCAGACUCACAGACAUCGUCAACAAGUUAUAUAGCAAAAAAUCCAUCUGCCAGUCAAGAAGAAUCAGCAGACAUUCAAGAUGGUAGCAACCUUUCAGUGCCUGGUUCUAACACUACAAUGUCUACAGUGCCUGCUUCAGUGGUCAGGAGCCAACCACCUGCCACGCCACCCAUGUAUAGGGGGCGAAUGUUACCCUCCACACCCUCUACACCAAGCAGUCUACAUCGAAGACUUCCCAGUCCCUAUAACUUCAAAAGGCAACCUUCUCCACCUUCUUCAGCUAGCCCCCCUGUUAACAGGAAACCCUCAACACCACCAGCAGUUCAAGGGAGACUCCCUAGCCCACCUAUAGGAAAGAAGAAUUCAAACUCAUCCUCUUCCUACCCUUUCAAAGCACCUUCUCCACCAGCCUCGCCAAAAAUACAAAGAUGGUCAAGGGAGAACAGCAGUGAAGACUUAUCUAGUGCUCGGAUGAUCAGUAAUGCACGUUCAGUCUUCUGCCCUUCAUCCCCAUCCCUGUUUGAGGCCCAGCCUUGUCCAGUUCCUCGACCCCCUCAAGCGUGGACCUCUGCCGGGGUCUCUUUUCUCUCACGUUCUUGGGGGAGUCGUGGGAGGUUUCCUGUAUCUGUUCAAGGACCUCGACCCUUCAUCCGACGUAGCCAUUCAGAUCGAAGGCCAAGUCUAAAUCUGCCACCAAAAUCACCAGGCAUCUCAGUGGCUGAGAGUUGUGGGAGUGAACCAUCAAUAUGCUCACAGGGGCUGGACAAUGAACCGACCAGGGAUGAAGAAUUAUGGUGGAGCCAAUCAAACCUCAGAACUACACUACGCUCUGCAUCACACCCGGACUUGUGUGUUGUCGGACAGGCCUUGCACAGAGACUAA